AUAAACAAUGAAACUGUUAUCGAAAAUGUCCAUGUUCAUUAUGAGGAUUUCUGGGAUGAUUUGAGAAAACAUGUUAACGACGAUUUACUUAUUUCAAUUCAGUCUGUAGGAAUAGCAUUCACUGCUUAUAUUCACAGCUUGCCAAAUUAUAAUCGUGCUAUGGUAUUCGAAAUGAUUUCUUUACUAAAAUCAAUGCUUUUGAAGCCACUCAUGUCAACUGUUUUUGUAGAAAUUGAGUCAUUGAUUCCAGAAGUGAAUAGGACUACAGUCUUGAAUCAGAUAAUGAAAGUAACUCAAGUAUUUGACGUGGUGGACACCGAGCACAAGUUCAUGAAACUAUUGAAGGAACGUUGUAAUUUUAAAAUACCUAUACUUGAUCCCGUGUCCUGUGAACUGAUCGCUAUGGAAACUGAAAAUGGCGUUGAAUUGGAAGAAAAAACAUUCUCGAACGUGUAUAUAGGAUUAGAAAACUUUUUAAGUAAUUUCUUUUCAAUUGAAGCGAAUUUACAAACCUUACUUCAAAGCUAUCAGAAGCUAAUCAAUUCUACAGAAGAUAUAAACGGCAAUUUUGUGCAGGACAAAUUUUGGAAGCAAAAAAUAGAAAGAAGACAAAAUGAAAUAUGCAUUCCUUAUUUCAUUUUCUCUGACUCGUUUGAAAUUAACAAUCCAUUGGGUUCGAAAGCUGGAAAGCAAGCGCAAAUUGGAUUUUAUUUGAAUUUUCCUAGCUUACCAAGACAUAUUCAUGCAAAAAUUGAGAAUAUGUUUCUGAUACAAUUCGUAUAUUCAGCUGUUGACAAGUCCCAUUCAAAUGAAGAAGUACUGCAUACGUUGAUACAAGAAAUCUCCCGUCUCGAAAAAACUCCUCUGAAAUUGCCCAUGAAAGGUGAAUAUGUCCACAUAUUUUUUAUAUUUGGAGGGUUGAGAGGAGACAACCUGGGAUUAAAUAGCAUUUUAGAUUAUAGUAGAUCAUUCAAUGCAAAUCAUGCAUAUACUAAAUCAAAGGAUCAAAUUGUACGACUAUGA